GGAAAGAAAAUUAAUUUGUUCGUUUGCUAAGGCUCCUUAAUAGUGACUAUUCCGUGACUUGAGGCCGACAGAAAGUGAUUUCGUUAAAUUAAAAAUAAAAACAACUGAUUCGUGAUACAGGUUGCAGUCUACAUUAUGGGGCGAAGUGUGAAUACUACUAAGGGCAAAAAGAAGGUAGUCCAGGGUAAGCCUUCAUCGCCAGAAAGUGACCAUGUCGAGCCAGAAUAUGAAGUUGAGAAGGUUGUUGAUUGGAGAGAAGUAAAUGGAAAGGUGGAGUAUCUCCUGAAAUGGAUUGGAUAUGACAAUGAUGAUAACACAUGGGAACCUGUGGAAGCUUUAGAAUGUCAUGAGCUUAUUGCGGAAUUUGAAAAGAAAAGAAAAGAAAAUGAUCAAGAAAAAAAGAAGUCAUCUGAAAGCAAAACAAAGAAAUCAGAUGAAAUGAAAGCAAAAAAAUCAAAUGAAAUGAAAACAAAAAAACAAGUUGAAGGCAAAGAAAAGAAACAUGCUGCAUCCAAUAAAGAUAGGGAUAAACAACCAGGAGAGAUGGCUCAUGGAAGGAAAGAAGCUGAGGAGAUUAGUCAUGUAACUUCUAUUUUAAAAGAAAAUGAACAAGAUCAGGAGCCAGAAGUGAUUAUAGGAGCUACCGAUAAUUUUCACAAGGGCGAGCUCGCGUUUCUUGUCAAAUGGAAGUUUAAUGACACCCCCGAGUUUGUUCUUGCGUCUCGAGCGAACGUUUUGUGGCCACAGAUGGUAAUUAAGUUCUACGAAAGCCGAUUGCAGUGGUCUUCAAAUGCUAAGGAAGGGGAAGAGAUAGAUGCGUUGGAAUAGGACGUAUUUGGUUACUUCAACUUCCAAAUAUCGAACGGAAGAGUAGCUCUAACCACAAUGCCAUCGAGCUACCGGUUAUUUUUUCUGCAUUUUUUCUCGUUUGAUUUAGCGAGUGUGUUGUUCUUACUCUAUGUGCGGGUUUUCUUAAACUAGAACAAGCACCUACGUUUCCCUGGUUGGCCAGUUUUUGUUUUUACUUUUUAUUUCCAAAACAUUCAUCC